AAUAAAUGACUUCCGGUGAGGAAUCCCUAAAGGAAACAGCUGUUUGAGGUGGGGAAGUUUUCUACAGCUGCAGAAAGUAACGUCAGAAAUGAUUGCAUCGAGUUUCAGGGACUGUCAGGCGUGGAAAGAUGAGGCUCUCCCGCUAUCUACCAGCAGCAAUGAGGCGUCCAAACUGUAUGACGCCAUUCUCACACAGUAUGUGAAAUGGAGAAAUGACGAAACACUGGGAGGAAUUGAAGGAUGUAUUUCUGCUAUCCAGACAGCUGACCCUAACUUUGUUAUGGGUCAUGUGAUCAGCACUGGGUUGGAGCUGGUUGCCACGACGAGCAGCCCCCGGCUGGACGAGCGUCUGGCCAGCGCUGUGAGGCGAACGGUGGAGCUCGCCAGCAGCCAGGAUAUUUCUCCCCGGGAGAAGCUCCAUGUCAGAGCUGUGGAGCUCUUCUCACACGGGAAUUUCCCAAAAGCCUGUGAAGUGUGGGAGGAAAUCCUGCUUGAUCAUCCCACUGACAUGCUGGCUCUGAAGUUCGCCCAUGACGCCUACUUCUACAUGGGGGCCCAAACUCAGAUGAGGGACUCUGUGGCCAGAGUGCUGCCCUACUGGAAGCCUCACAUACCGUUGUUCAGUUACCUGAAAGGACAAUACUCCUUCGGCCUCCUGGAGACUCGUCUCUAUGACCAGGCUUUGAAAGUGGCCAUGGAGGGUCUCUCCUUGACCCCUGAUGAUGCUUGGUCCGUCCACUCUGUGGCCCACGUCUAUGAGAUGAAGGCAGAGGUGGACAAAGUCCUGAAUUUCAUGGAUAGCAGAGAGAAAGACUGGCAGGGGUCUGACAUGCUGGCCAGUCACAACUAUUGGCACUGGGCUUUAUGCUUCAUCGAGAGGGGGGAACAUGAAGCGGCUCUGCAGAUCUACGACUCCCAGAUAUUCAAGCGUUGUAAAGCCUCCGGCGCCAUGCUCGACGUUGUAGACGCCUGUUCAAUGCUCUACAGACUGGAGAUGGAAGGUGUGUGUGUGAAGGAGCGCUGGCGGGAGCUGCUGCAGGUAACCCAGCCGCACACCGACGACCACGUCACGCUGUUCAAUGACCUCCACUUCCUCAUGGUGGCGCUGGGGGCCGACCAGGACGGGGCCGCUCGGCGCCUCCUAGAGGGCCUCCAGGAACUGGCCAGGGAACCGGGCGACAAUCAGCAGCAUCAGCUGGCAAAGAGCUUAGGCAUACCGAUGUGUGAAGCUAUGAUGGAGUACAAGCAGGGCAACUUCAGCCAAGCUGUGGCGCUGUUGCACCCGUUACGUUACCGCGUGGUGGACAUCGGCGGCAGCGACGCUCAGAGAGAUCUGUUCAACCAGCUGCUUAUUCAUGCAGCCAUGAAGUCGGACAACAAGCAACAUCACAAACUGGGAAGAUGUCUGCUGGUGGAGCGUGACGCCGUGCGGCCCAACUCCCCUCUGACCCAGCGCCUCGUUCAGAAAGCGCUGGCUCUUCACGGCUAGGAUUGCAGCAGAGCGCGGGCGGGUCCCACGUGAAAACAUCAAAGCGCUGCUCUAAUCUGAUUUUGUGUUGUUUGGGUUUAGGAGACAUCAAACCCACACGAAGGAGCUCCACACCGUUGACCAGAUCGUGCUUCAGGCUCCUGAACAUUCCUCACUGAAUGUAAAAUUAUGAAGAAAUUGUUUGAAAAAUCUGUUGUAUUAUACAAUUUAAAGUAUUAUGCACAUUUAUUUGCAAAUGUUUAACUUUUCAAUACACAUUUCUAUUAGUAAAGAGAGAACCAAUAAAUAAACACUUUGCACUAUGCAUGUGUGUCACAGUAAAGUGCAUGAAAACAGUUUUUCCAAAGGAUAUGGAAUCUAGAUGUGCUGACGCCGAUUGGAUGAGUUGAGCACCAGAACUUCUUCCUGCUGCCCUCAAAACGGCGAAGCAAUCUCAUUUUGGAUCUGAGAGAUCAGGAUCUGGGACAGCACAAUGCCGGCAAUCUAGAAAACAUCAGAACACGGCAGUAAUGAGCGUCUCAAGGUCCCGUUGGAACCGAUGCUGCUGCUCUCCGUUUGGCACAGUCAAACAAAUAAACUCAUUUACAUCUUAAACUUUUUCACAUUAAAACCUUUUGCAUUCAGCCUUUUAUGCCUCAGAAGUAACUUAUUACCUGAAUAUUUUUACUAUUAGUCCAACAUGAAAAACAUAAACCUGAUUUGUCCUUAAGUCCAAAUAUGAAAAAAAUAUUUUCCUUUUUCUUGACAAAUCAGUUUGUUAAAAAUGUUAAGGGGUUUAGAUACUUUGGUCACUUUAAGAACAGCAACCUGUAA